AAAAAAAAUCAAGGGAUUACAGGGGAAACCCACGCUACUGGCACAUUCGCACUCCAUCUCUAUCACCUCACUCACUGUCGUGAUCAUCACCAAAUUCAAAACCCAGCGAGCGAGCGAGCUCAUUCAGUUGAGUCGAGUAGCGAUGAGCAAUCGAGGUGAAGAAGAAGAAGAAGAAGAAGCAUUAUCGAGAAGCGCAAGAGCUGCAGAAGAUCUCUACCACCUUCGAGACACUUUUUUCCCACCCAACCCUCAUGACAGAAUCUCGUCGUUGCAGCACCAUUCCGAUCUCGCUCUCAAUCUCCUCGAUUCCAUUCCUCCAGAACAAAGAAAAUCACCGAUGCAACGUGCAACAUUUGAAUAUCUUAGAGGGAAGGUGUUGGAUGUAUUUCCUGACUACAGGAAAGACGCUGAGGAUCACCUAUCGAAAGCUGUUAAGUUAAAUCCAUCUCUUGCAGAUGCUUGGCUAUGUUUAGGUAACUGCAUAUGGAAGAAGGGAGAUUUGCCUGCUGCAAAAAACUGCCUCAGUCUUGCAUUGAACAAGGGUCCUAACAAAAAGAUUCUUUGUCAAUUAUCAAUGCUUAAAAGAAAAAUGUCUCAAGGUGCGGAGAAUCAGUCAGAACUUGUUGAAGAAAGCAUUGAACAUGCCAAGGAAGCAAUCACUUUGGACGUCAAGGAUGGGAACUCUUGGUAUAAUCUUGGAAAUGCAUACCUUACAAGUUUUUUUGUCACUGGAGCUUGGGAUCAUGCCAAACUUUCACAUUCUUUAAAAGCAUAUCAAAAUGCUGAGAAAGAUGAAAGAAUGAAGUCCAAUCCUGACCUAUAUUUUAAUUAUGCCACCGUUAACAAAUAUCUAGAGAACUAUGAGAGGGCCCUUAGUGGAUUUGAGGCUGCUGCUCUAAAGGAUCCAGGUCUCAAUGCUGCAGAGGAGGCUCAGAAGAUAGUCAACUUACUUGACAAGGUGGACAAUCUUUUGAGGGGACAUGUAAGAGCUAAGAGAAUAGCAUCUUUGGUAUCAUCGUUGGCUGCUGUUAGUUUAAAAUCGUCACACAAAGGAGUUACCAUUGACCUUCUGUCAGAGGGUCUGAAUAGAGCUCUAGCAGUAGAGGGGAAGGUGCUUUUCUUUGUUAGGAGUGAGAGUGUUGCUCCCCUAUACUAUGUGCUUUGUGAUUCAAAUCAAACUUGCUUUGUUCUCUCAGUUUAUGGUGUACGUUUUGAUGUGAUUAAAGAAGGAGAUCAGCUAACAUUGCUCGACCCUUUAUUUCGGGAUGUUGAUUUGUCUUGGAAGGAGAAGCAUUAUCAGUUCAAGUCUAUACGCCUGGAUUUCUAUGAACAAGUGCUUGUUAAUGGAAAAGCUCUGACUCCUCAACAAGCUAUCCGUUCAUCAAUACUUGCACAACAUAAACCUUGAACAGACCACUGCUAAAUAGAUUCGAGCUUUGCUUUUGGUUGUCUUUGGCUGUUGGAUGCUGUAUUGAGUUGGUAAAUAGAUUAGUUGUUACAGGUAUACAGGUGAAUUUCUUGCCCAUGAUAUGGGUCACAAUCAGGGAAUAGUAAAAUAUGAGUUUUGCAUUUGUUAAAUAUGAUGGUUUUGCAUUUGUUAAAUAUGAUAGUUUCAAGGUUCUCAUUUUAUCUUUUUGGUGCUUCAAUAGCAUGUUUAUGUAAUGAUCUAGUUUGUAUGUUUGUAUCAAAGAUAAACUAUAAUCUUUGCUCAUCAUCCUUUUAAAAUUCU